AUGGACGACGCCGCGAGCACCAGCCUCUCCCCGAUAGCUGCGUCUCACCAUCCUAAUCUACACCUGCCCGCGACUUGUGACCCGCCCUCUGAGAACAACCCCCCUAAGCAAGCGUCAUGGAUCAUUUUCGGCGCAACAGGCCAUAUGGGUCGCUCGCUCGCCAAGUCGGUCCUCGCGCACGGCGACAAGUGCACAGCCGUCGGGUGGUCUCAGGAGAACACGCAGGACCAGAUGUCGCGGUGGCACGAGCGGAACUGUCUCGGUCUGCUGUGCGACGUGCGCGUGCGGGAGACGGUCGGCGCCGUUAUCAACCAGAGCAUUGAGCACUGGGGGAACGUAGACAUAAUAGUAAACUGCACAGGCUACGGCGUCAUAGGCGCAUGCGAAGACCAAGACUCCUACGAUCUGCGCAACCAAUUCAAUACGAACGUCCUGGGCACGCUCAACAUCAUCCAACUCUCGAUUCCACACUUCCGCGGCCAGUCCUAUGGUCGCUACCUCAUUUUUAGCUCCACGUCCGGCGCCCUCGGCGUGCCGGGUCUGGGACCGUACUGCGCGACUAAGUAUGCUGUCGAAGGCCUCAUCGAAUCCAUGCUAUACGAGCUCGACGCUUUCAACAUAAAAGCAACCCUCGUAGAACCAGGAUAUGUGCGAUUAGACGAGCCCCAAGACGUGAUGGGGGCCGCGGGCGGAGCGAAGGAACAGCAACUAAAGCGGUACGGACACUUCUGGGUCAAGCCGGCGAGUGCGCCGUACGCAAGCGCGAGUUCGCCGUCGGGGCAUACGAAGAGGGUUAUGGGGUGGUUGAAUGACCGACAGCCGGUAAGUGCGGUGAAAAGCGCGGAACUGGUGUGGCAGCUCGGGCAUUGCGCGUAUCCUCCGUUGAGGUUGCUGCUGGGGAGUUAUGCGGUUGAGAGCAUUAGAGAUCGCCUGAGGAGCAUUAUCGAGGAGAUUGAGGACUGGAAACAUCUCAGCUUCCCUGUCUCCGCAGAAGAUGAGGAACGGGACCGGGAGAGAGAGCGUGAGAUGGAGCAAGAGCAAGAGAAUGAUGAGAUGCAAGAGGGCGAGUGA